GAACGAGCCGUUUUGUUGUGUGUACACAGACGGUAUUGACGGUCAGGCGUAGAGAGCGGAGCGGUCUCGGCUCGGGAGACGCACGCGCACACAUAAACACUGACCUGCGUUUUAAAAGGCCGCGACUUCACCGGAUUGUUUGUUUUAUAAACUACGAAACUCACUGUUUGAUCUAUUCGAAGUAAACUUUGCCUUUUUUUUAUUUUUUAUCCGGAGGUUUUGAAUGGAUUUCGCCGUGUAGUAAGAACAGUCUCACAGCCUGUCUAUUUAUUUAUUUAUUUUGCUCUUGUUAGCUCUUCAGCUAUUUUCCGUUAGCGAUAUUUUAAUCUUCUAGCUAACUUCGUUUUGUUUUUUUCUAAGUUCCUAUUUGUUGUUAUGGCUUGUUAGGCCAACCUGAGGUGUAAAACCCACCAUGUUGAGCUAAAAAAAAAUGCUUAGCAGCAGGUGCUUUUAGCUCUUUUCUUCCCCGUUAUUGUGGUCGGUGAACGGAGUCCGAUAUGCGGCAUGUUGUACCGGAGCCGCUUCACCGUAACCGGAACACGAAGCUCGACACGAAAUCGCUCACAACCGAUUAAAUGCUUCAGGACAAUUAACGGAAAUUUUCGGGUUUAAACCACGCGUCGGUGUUUUAUAAUUCCUCCCUAGGACAAUUUAACAAGCCGGUUUGGAUAACCUGUUUUUUUUUUUUUUCUUUCUGUGGGGGGGUUUCGGAUUCGGUCCCUAACGCAUCGACGAGUGAAGGGGAAAAAAAAAAUCAGCGGACCGAUUAAAAAAACCGUGAUGUUACGGAUCCGAGCGACACGUCAGGCAUGAUUUCUCAGGGAAUAAAGCUUGUCUGGCUCUAGGAAACGCAUCGACGCUUCCAUUUAUGGGCAGACAUUUCGUACAGCCGGCCUGACCAGGCCGACCACCGCAGGAUGGUUUCCUCAGUAUUCCUCAAGGCUUUUCGCAGCCGUAGAGCCUAAAAGCUGCAUCAUGCUGGCGUGCCUGCCGAGAAGACAGAACCAACCCGCCCAGCACCCGGCGUGUGCUGCCAAGAUCCUGGACGCUCCCGUCAGCCUGAAAAGUGAUCUGAGCUCAAUGCAGUCUCCACGGUACCCUUCUGCUGCUGAGCUGGAUGCCUACGCACAGAAGACGGCAGAUAGUCCGCUGUCUAUCAAGAUCUUCCCAUCCAAUAUCAGGGUCCCACAGCACAAACAAAUUGGCCGGACUGUCAACGGCUUGGAUACAACAGGCCAACGCUACAGCCCUUACUCCCAGCCCUACUCAAGUGGCUACCAGGGUUUGCUGGCCAUUGUCAAAGUCCCCAAUGUGACCAAAGGCAUAGUAAAGAGCUCUGAUGGCAAGAGGACUAAACUAUCACCAAUCCAGAUGGCAGUAGCACCUUAUGCACCACCCAGCAGCAACAACUUGGCACACCGGCACAGGCAGAGGCCAUACAGUUUGGAGAUUUGCAAACCUCCUGAGGUGCACAACGUUCCAGUGCCACCCAAUGUCAUGGUACCAGCUUCUGCUACAUCUCUUGCUAGUGGGCAAAGUUUGGCUCUAGCUUCCCAUUCAGACCAUGUGUCCCUUGGCAUAGUGAGACAAAUGGCAAGGACGUCCCAUGCCCAAGGGCUUCAGACAACUGUUGAAGAUCAAUCCAGCCCAUCUCAUCAAGCAGCGACAGGCUGCUUGGAUUCCAACUUCAGCAUGGACAUGGCCAAGACGACGGGCUACAUGGACACUAUGGAAUAUGCGAUAUGGCAGUCAAAGCAGCAGAGACAUCAGCAGCAAAAGCAGCACUAUCCACAGGGUCACUUACACAGGUACAGUGCCAACAGCAGCAGCAGAGCUAUUAUAAGCAGAUCUCCAGAUGUAUGCUUGCCCCAAGGUACCACUCAGAUUCCAUACAGGGCUCAUGCCCUCAGCACAGGCACAUGUGUAACAGGCGUCACACUGGACCAGGUAGGAUCAUCACCUUUGAACUGCGCUACCAAACAUGGUGACUUCUCUGCUGGCCAGUUCUUUGCACCUCAUUGGAACAGCACGCUUGCGACACCUGACAGUGAUUGUUACAACCCACAGGAUCUGCCCCUAGGCACAGUGGGGCUUGGCCACAGCCAUGGCCUUCCUCAGCGCCAAGCCCACUGUGUGCCGCAGCAGUACCCAGGUCUUGGCCUGUGUUGCGGGUUGCCAGGCCGAAGCUUGUGUCAGGCAUCCCUGCUCAGCAGCAGCCUACAGUCUCUGGAGUGCCUGAUCAGUGAGAUACACCCACCCUGCAUCAAGGAGCGCAUGCUGGGCCGUGGGUACGAGGCCAUUCAGCCCACGCACAUCCAGCUGCCUGUUUUUAGAUAGGGGCAUCAGACAGUUGAUUCUAGAAGGUCAAAUGUUGACUGUUGGGAUUAGGAGAUGAAGCAUAGAUUUGCUAUCAGACACGCCUCUUGUGGAUGUGUGUCUUUUGGUAAAGGGCUCAGCGGGUUUCUGCAAAGCUUAAAAGGGUACCAGUGCUUCUCACGCCCGCAAAAGAUUGGAGUUUCAGCUUAACUCACGUUAGCUAGACUGAGUUCAUGUACUUCAAGAAGUACUCAUAUUCCACAAUUUUGCAGCAACAGGGAUUUUGUGGCAUCAUACUAUUACUUUUCAUCCAAAUGAUCUGAAUGGAACCAUUUCAGAUUAGCUGCCAAAUUCUCAACAGGAAUCAAACUGCCCACUAUUGCAGGACAUUGACACUUCAGGUCUGUUUACUCCAAAACCAUAACUAAACUGAUGAUGUAUGUUUAGUGAACUCUUGUUGGCAGAACGUUGUAUAGCCCUGCUAGUACUAAAUCAUAAUAGUUAUGAUUUUUCAAAUUGCACUGUUAUAAAAAUCUAUUAAAAUGACUCUGGAAUGGGUUGGUUUGGAAAACAUUUCAUUUAAAAAGAAAAAACUUGAAUUCUUUUACUUUAUUAUGAUUGUGUCUAUCAGUAGACAGGCAUAUUUAUAAGAUUCUUUAUUCUACUUGUUCCAUCUCUGUUUGUGACCAAUGAUUUCUUUUUGUUAUAAUGGUUUUAUCCAAAUUUUCACCCGUUUCUGGCAAGUUGAUCUAGUUGUUUGUCGUCUACUGUAGCCAGUCCAGUGUUUUUUUUUUUCUCUUUCCUUUUUUUUUUUAUUUUAUUUUAUUUUAAAUGCCAUUUAUGAAUUUGAAGUACAGACUGGGAAGCAUACACUACUGAGCUGGCUCCAUCAGCGACCAGAUGCGAAGCCACGAGUUACUGUGACUAAGUCUUAAGAGUUUCAGCUGCAUUUCAGUGUCAGUGUUCAUGUUUUAUUCAUUAUUUAUUGACAUUUGAUUUUCUGUACCAUGUUAGAAGAUACUACCAGGAUAUCUGAAUAUCGGAUAAAAAGAAAUGGGGGGGGAACAUUUGCCCUUGAUUUUGUUUUUUUCAAUCCAUCUAAAUGGACUAGCUUGAAGCAUUGUUGGGGUAAAAUGGCACACCGUGGGCUACAUGUUUUAAAAAGUGCAAUUAUAAUGUUGGCAGAUUAGCCCUUUCCCUAUGUUAUGCUUCACUGACUAUUUACUACUGUAUGUAUGACUGUCUGAAUUCCCCUCCACAAUUAAGAUUGUCAAAUAAAAUCUAAUU